UCAAUGUUGGCCGCAGUGGCAGUCCGCGACGUUCUUACUUCCCUCUCUUCGACGUGCGACGAGCGACCUAGAAGGCUUUCUGAAUGAUUGGUGCGACUGUGCGAAGCGGCUUGCGCCCGUCGCAAAGAAUCUUUCAGCGCCCUCUCAUCCAACCUCAAAUCAGCCGUAUUCGGCUCUAUUCGACCGACCAACCUCCCCAUGCCAAAGUACGGCGUUCCAUCUUCCAUCGCUCUCUAACCGUCGCGAAAUAUACUGGAUACGCAGGGCUUUCUGCUAUCUUUGGUCUCUUUGUCCUUGGUGCAGGCAUAUUGGCGCACGACGCGUUCACCUACAACGACAGACACGUAGAAAGAGUCCCUAUCAAUCCUCUAGCACUCCAUCCGGAGCGUGGCGGUCCCAAAAAUCUUCCAGUAGUGAAAGUACAGGUUGACGAUGAAGAUGACGAAGAGAUGAAGAGAUUGGCAGAAAAACCGCGCCUGGUUAUCAUCGGUGGUGGUUGGGGGGCUAUGGGGGUCCUACAAACACUAUAUCCUGGGCACUACCAUGUCACCGUAGUAUCAGCGGAAACUUUUACAACGUUCACUCCUUUACUGCCAUCUGCUGCCGUGGGCACCGUUCAAGUACGGUCACUCAUAGAACCCCUCCGGAAGAUUGUCGCGCGCCUUCGUGGUCAUUUCGUGGCUGGCAAGGCUGUAGAUAUCUCUAUGGCUGAUCGGUUACUCGAGGUGGAGAUUGUAAAUACCCGCGGAGUUAAAGAACGUGUCUAUGUACCAUACGAUAAACUGGUCAUUGCCGUUGGAUCUACAUCAAGUACUCAUGGUGUUCCUGGCCUCGAACACUGUUUCCAACUCAAAACCAUUGCUGACGCCCAACAAAUUCGAAGAAGGAUAAUGGACAACUUUGAACUCGCAAGCUUACCAACAACAUGUGCUGAAGAGCGGGAGCGAUUACUCAGCUUCGUUGUUUGUGGUGGUGGACCGACCGGCGUCGAAACAGCUGCGGAAAUAUAUGACUUUUGUCAAGAAGACAUCAUGAAUUAUUUCCCCAAAGCAUGCAGAGCGGAUGUCUCGAUACAUGUCAUUCAAUCCAGGGAACAUAUCUUGAAUACAUAUUCGGAAGCCAUAUCUAAAUACGCAGAGGCCAAAUUUGAGCGCGACGGUGUUCAUCUCAUCACGAAUGCCAGAGUGAGCGCCGUAACUCCUAAUCAUGUCAUCUACACUGUUCGCAAGGAAGAUGGAACGAUCGAACAACAUUCGAUUCCCACUAACUUCACGUUGUGGUCGACUGGAAUAGCGAUGAACCCUUUUGCCAAGCGACUAACGGACUUGUUACCCAAUCAAGUUCAUAGAAAAGCUAUCGAGGUUGACGCACAUCUGAGGGUGAAAGGUGCACCCUUGGGCGAUAUUUACGCCAUUGGAGAUUGUGCUACGAUCGAAACUGCGAUCGUUCCCCAUUUCAUGGAACUCGUAGAUGAAGCGGACAAGGACAAGAAUGGGAAAAUUGACUUUACGGAGUGGGAAGUAAUGGUUGAGGGAAUCAAAAAGAAGAUACCCAUGGCGUCGAAUCACAUCAGUAAAGUCAGGGAGCUUUUCGAAUUGUACGACACAGACGCCGAUAACAGCCUGUCUCUGAAUGAACUCGUACGGCUCUUGGAAGACCUCGGAAACAAAAUCACCGCUUUACCUGCUACCGCGCAAGUCGCAUCACAACAAGGUAAAUAUAUCGGUAGAAAUCUCAACAAACUCUCGCGACAACAAGCCGGACUGGAGGCAAGAGGACUUUCUGAUGUCCAGGAACACAAAGCUACUGAUUCCGCGCCGUUCAUAUAUCACCAUCUUGGAAUGUUGGCGUAUAUCGGGAAUGCAGCUGUUUUCGACAUCGGGGAUUUUGCGUUUACCGGAGGUUUAGCGGCAAUGUAUGCAUGGAGAAGUAUCUAUUGGAAUGAACAGGUGUCUGCGAGAACUCGUGCUUUGUUGAUGAUCGAUUGGAUUAUUCGGGGUGUAUGGGGAAGAGACUUGUCGCGACUGUGACAACAACAACC